GUACUGGUUGUGCACCUAUCCACAUCGGCACUCCGCAUGGACUGCGGCCCGAAGCCGGGUACGCGGGGAGGGCCUCAAAUAUUCACGCCUCGGCCCUGAGGCGGUGUCUCUGCUGCCCCGGUACCUCUGCGGAGUCGCUGGGGAAGUCGGGAAAGGCGCGAAGGGGCGGGCCUACAGCAACACCCCCGCCCCGGGGCGCGGCGAGCUGCCAAACACCGACCACUCAGCCUUGUGGGCCGCGUCCGCGGUGGUCUUCGGUGAGCGCCGCUGAGGAAAUAGACGUGAAUCCGCGCGUCUUCUUGGGAGCGUGCGCGCGCCCGAGCGUGUGCGACCUCUGCGUCUUCUCUCGCGGGCUAGGAGGAGGGCGACUGGCUUUGCGGAACGGGAACCACGGGCGGCAAGAAGAGAAGCGAACAGAGGUCAAUAGUGCGGGGACUUGGAGCAGCCAGCUGGAUGUGACCCCCAGGACAGAAUGGUGCUGGACUCGGGGGCUCAGGUGUAUGAGCGGGCACCUCCCAGCCCUCCUGCUAGUCCCCUGUCCCUGCGCCGUAGGCUGAAGCCCUCAGACCGAGAUGGGCCACGGCUGUACCCCUGGCCUCAGUCCCUGGCUGUGCCGCUGGCUCUGGCAGGCCCCUCAGUGCUGCAGCUCCAGCCUGAACAGCAGUCUUUAUCAAAGCUGCACUUGGGCUACCGUGGCCACAUGCGUCGUAGUGAGAGCACCUACUCUGUAAAUAGUACUGGUCAGCGGGGGCGUGGCAGCCAGGAUCGUGCCCCACCUGGACGAGGACGGGACCCAGGUGGUGGGACCUUGCGACCUGCAGCUUCCUUGCCUCACAUUGCUAAGACUCGAAGGAAUGUAAGCAAUGGAAUUGGCAAGAGCCCCUGUAUGUUGGUGGCCCUGAGGCCAACCAACAUGGACUGUGAACGGGAAAAGUUCUUCCAGUCCCAUUAUACCUACAAUCCACAGUUUGAGUACCAGGAGCCCAUGCCUACAACUGUGCUAGAGAAGUACUGUGAAGCCUCUGAACAGUUCAUCCAUCAGGCAGUUGGCAUCAUUGAGGCUGUCCUGGAGAAGUUUGGCACCUACGAACGCUUUGAGGCUGCCACUGGGGGCCAGCUGCUGACCAAGUGCCAGAUUUGGUCCACUGUGCGCAAAUACAUGCAGAAGGAGGGCUGUGUUGGGGAGAUUGUGGUGCAGCUGAGUGAGGACCUGCUGUCCCAGGCAGUGAUGAUGGUGGAAAACAGCCGACCUACACUGGCCAUCAACCUGACGGGAGCCCGCCAGUACUGGCUGGAGGGCAUGCUGCGGCAUGAGAUAGGCACCCACUACCUGCGAGGCGUGAAUAAUGCGCAACAGCCUUGGCACAACGCCGAGGGCCGGCUGCAGUAUGGGCUGCGGCCAGCCAACCCCACUGAGGAGGGCCUGGCCAGCCUGCACAGUGUGCUGUUUCGUAAGCAGCCUUUCCUGUGGCGUGCAGCGCUGCUGUACUACACUAUUCACCGUGCUGCACACAUGUCCUUCCAUCAGCUCUUCCAAGACUUAGCGCGCUAUGUGCAGGAUGCCAAUGUGCGCUGGGAGUACUGUGUGCGCGCCAAGCGUGGCCAGACGGACACCUCCAAGCCAGGUGGGCACUGUGCAGGGGUGGGGCCUGAUCUGGGCGGGGCAGGGGCUCUGGGACAAGGUCUCAUCACCUCCGUCCUCACAGGCUGUUUCAGCAAGGAUCAGGUGUACCUGGACGGCAUUGUGCGCAUUCUGCGGCACCGCCAAACCAUCAAUUUCCCGCUUUUGACCUCGCUGGGCAAGGUCUCCUAUGAGGAUGUGGACCAUUUGCGGCCCUAUGGGGUACUGGAUAAUACCCGAGUACCCCACUUCAUGCAGGACUUGGAACGCUAUCAGCAGCAACUGGAACACAUCAUGGCCACCAACCGCCUAGAUGAAGCAGAGCUGGGCCGCUUACUGCCUGACUGAUGUUGGUUAACAGCUCCAGGAAGAAGCUCUGGACAGAGGCCUCCAUAUUGGCUCCCAGAACAUGAAGCUGUCUGCUCUGUGCUGCCACAGCCUAGGUGUUUCUUGGGGGCAUGGGAGGCCAGGAGCAUCGUGGGAGGACAAGCAGCAAUAUCAGAAGGUUUUUGUCCCUUGCUAGUGUGCCUGAGGCCUGUGGACCAGAAGCAGCAUGUCAAGCAAAGUGUUUAGAAGGGGAGGCCUAGGAACAAGAUGGAUGCGAAUUGAUGGGGAUUUGGGGUGGGAGUAGAAACUUGUUCUUGCAUGAGAUGGCUUUGGGUAUUCAGUACUCCAAUCUCUCCCUUCCUCCAUCUGGCCCUUGGUGCUCCUUCAGCAUUCAUGCUGUCUACCUCUUACUGGGUCCUGGUGGUGGUUGGGAUCUCUUCUCCUAGGGUGAUUGCUUGAGCCUAGUGUCCUGUCUUUCACACAGACUCCAAGAGUAGGGGUCCAUGGAGUAGAGACCCAGCUGGGCUGGGGUUUGCUUUCCGAUAUUUUGCCUCUCUCACUUGUCAUGUAUUUAUUCUGUACUUAUAUGUCCAACUUCAUGGGGCUGGGAGACAGUGACUCCUAUAGGUUAAAAAGAGGGACAGGACACUCCUAGAAAGUACUAGUUGUUUCUAGCCCCAUUCAUUUUAUACACACACACACACACACACACACACACACACACACUCACACUCACACUCACACACUCACACACUUCAGGCCUUGGGAGUCUGGCUCAAAAGUUUACCUGUGGUCCUGCCCCCACUCUUCCACUGGUCUCUGCUGUUCUUGUCUUUGCCCGGACUCUCACAGCUGGACUGUGGCAUAGGUUGGCUUAGACUGAUCAAGCCUGAGGGGCAGGCCCUAGGGCUUUUUGUCCCAGUCCUGAGCCCUUCCUAGACAAGGAGAGGUACAGAGCUGAUUGUUGCUUCUAGUUUCACUUCAGUCAGCUAUGUGCAAUUGACUCAGUCCUUUUCCCUCCCUGGGCCUUAAUUUUCCCAUCUGUAAGACUCAGAAAAGUAGCAGAAAGUUCUUAUUCAUUUAGUCCAUGUAUAUGUAUAGAGCGCCUUGUGUGUACCACUUUCUGGUUUAAACCCUUACUAAGCUUCCAGUUCAGAGGGAAGCCAGACAAUUAAAAGAACAGUCACAGUAAUGUGUGUAGCUUCUGUCUACUCAAGGUGUCUUUCAGUUUCCUCUUUUUAAUCUAUCUGGGAGCUCUAAGCCUUCCCUAAGUGAUAGAAGUCCCCUUUUCCUUACUACCUCAAGCUCAAGGUUUGGGGCCAGUGCCUACACAGGCCCCCAAAUGGCUCAUGAGAAGCGUGGUGGAGCAAGAUCCAGGGGUCAGGUCCUUGUCCCUCUAGAGAUCUGGGUCUGGGAUUCCCUGGGUACAGCUUGGGCCACUGAGCACAGGAGGGACCUAUGAACUGGGCAGUAGA